CAUCGUCAAAUGAUUUUGUUUUGAUCGCGUAGACUUAAAUAGAAUAGUAAUUAGUCAUAGAAAAUAUAUUUUACUUAUUUUUUAAAAUAAAAUUAAUUUGUUUUAUUUUCAAAUUUUUUUCUACUAAAAAUUCAAUUUUUUUUUGGAUAUAAUGAGCUCUAUAACUAUUGGACCAAAUGAUUCAAAUCCUUCAGGAUUUAGUCCUGCCCCACCCCCACCACCACCACCACCGGUACCUGGUCAGAUGCCAACCAUGAGAAUUAAUACUGAGAACCAGAUGUCAAAAAGACCAAAUACUUAUAAUAAUGAUGCAUAUGAGCCACCGGCGGCGAUACAGAACGCGAUGAUGACCAAGGACAAGAAACCUUUCACUUACACUCCGGGUAUGGGGGGUAAAUUGGACUUAUCACAAAUUCGCAGUCCGAGAAUGGCCCGCAGAGUUGCUAAGAACGCCAAUGAUGAAGGUAUCGAAGGACCUCCAAAGUCCCCGCUGGCUAAUGAACAAACACGCCCGGCCCAAGUUACCCCACCCGCGACUGCAAAUCUUUUUGUUCAGCCGCAAGUCGCUGUUCCGGUUUUUCCGACCAGUGUCUCGCCGACUACAAGACCGCUUUCGCGGAAUAUCAAUGUGCCAGAGAAAAUCGAAGUCCGGCCAAUAAAAAUCGAUCAGAAAUCAUCGCAGCCGACGUCACCCGAUACUCCGACGACUCCAAUCCAAGUGACGUUAGCAAAAGCACCAACUCCUUGGUUGCAGCAAAAAUCAAAGCCCGCGGAAGAGCUUCCCGAGUGGGCAAAACGGCCCACAAACGGAUCCGGGCAAGAGAGUCCGACAUCUCCAGUUCUGCCUUCUUCGAUAAACGUCCAGGCAGUUCCUGUCCAAGUAUCUGGUCAGAGAGUUCAAGCAAAACCUGUUGGAGCCAACGAACGAGUUAUUCCUGUCCAGAUCGAAGAUCGUCCGUCUGUGUUCGCGGUUAAAAAUGAACAAGGGCACCAUCAAUUCAAGCAGACACCGCACCAACAACGAUGGGGAAACUCACAACAAAAUUUACCACAAAAUACUACUGCUAAAAUUACCGUCGCUCCACCGAAGCCUCAAUUAACUAGUCCCGGAACUUACAUUGUCCCUAUCGCUGUUGAAGGUGCUCAUGAUGUCCAGCCUAAUUAUGAUUAUCAAUCUAGUCCAGUAAAUGCAGUCAGAAGUCAAGGAAGAAAUAUUCAAGAGAUAGGACCUGGGGCACCAGUUCAGUCACGUUCAUUUAGAGUUUUACAAAAAUUAACAGAUACUGAUGAUGAUGUUGAUAGUGAACAAUUGCGUAAAUUACAAUUGACUGAAGAUGAUAAAGUUCUUAUGAAUAAAUUUAAAGAACAAGUGGAUGGUGAUACAUAUUUACAUCAAGAAGAAGAUCCUAGAUAUCGUGGUGCAGCUAUUCCAUCACGAGCAUUUAGAUAUUUACAAAAUAUGACUGAUUCCAAUGAAGUACCCAUUAAUAUAAAUGCACCUAGAGCUAUCAACAGUGCAUUGAAGAGACAAAAUAGAAAUUCUCGAUCAUUUGAUGAGUCACCACAAAUCCAAUCAAACCUACCGCCGAGUGAGCAACAGGCACCAGAACCUAAAAUAUAUACCGGAAGUGCAAUACCAUCGCGGUCAUUCCGGAUAUUACAGGCGAUGACCACUCCCGAUUCUCUUGCAUCAACCCAAGACUUACCAGCAGAAUUACCCGGUCAAGUAACAAGUAACAUAACCUUGGGCAAUAAUCACCAGGGAAUAUUUCUCCCGCAUUAUUCCCAGCCUAUUUAUUGGGCGUAUUAUCCGUUAGCUUACUCGGCUGGUCACAGUAUAGAAUACCGACCUUACCAACAGCAAGAAUAUUGUUGCCCGAAUCAGUUUCAGCAUCAUUUUAAUCCAUCUAACGGAAAUGUUGGUUACUAUCAAAAUAACGGCUUGCCAAUGUAUGUUCUUGCUGAAAAUAGAAUUUAUGAUGGCCCUAGUGGUCAUUAUGAGGCUUCAGUACCUCAAGAUAGUCAACAAGAUGUCAAUUCUGUUGAUUCUAAUCAUAACCUAACAGAAACAAAGCCUAGAAUGCUAUUUUCUGAAGGCCCUAGUCAUGAAACUUUGAAACCUACUGAUUUGAAUCAGGCAGGAGUCAAUUCUGAUGAUUUUAAUCACAAGAUAAUGACAAUGCAGCCUAGAAUGCUACUUGUUGAUGGCCCUAGUCAAGAUAUUUUGAAGCCUGUUAAUCAUUUGAAGCAGACAGGAGUCAUUCCUGAUGAUUCUAGUCAGAAGUUAAUGACAAUGCAGCCUAAAAUGCUAUUUGCUGAAGGUCCUAAUCGUGAAACGUCGAAGCCUGAUCAUUUAAACCAUGCAGGAGUCAAUGCUGAUGAUUCUAGUCAUAAUCUAAUAGAAACAAAGCCUAGAAUGCUAUUUUCUGAAGGCCCUAGUCAUGAAACUUUGAAACCUACUGAUUUGAAUCAAGCAGGAGUCAAUUCUGAUGAUUUUAAUCACAAGAUAAUGACAAUGCAGCCUAGAAUGCUACUUGUUGAUGGCCCUAGUCAAGAUAUUUUGAAGCCUGUUAAUCAUUUGAAGCAGACAGGAGUCAUUCCUGAUGAUUCUAGUCAGAAGUUAAUGACAAUGCAGCCUAAAAUGCUAUUUGCUGAAGGUCCUAAUCGUGAAACGUCGAAGCCUGAUCAUUUAAACCAUGCAGGAGUCAAUGCUGAUGAUUCUAGUCAUAAUCUAAUAGAAACAAAGCCUAGAAUGCUAUUUUCUGAAGGCCCUAGUCAUGAAACUUUGAAACCUACUGAUUUGAAUCAAGCAGGAGUCAAUUCUGAUGAUUUUAAUCACAAGAUAAUGACAAUGCAGCCUAGAAUGCUACUUGUUGAUGGCCCUAGUCAAGAUAUUUUGAAGCCUGUUAAUCAUUUGAAGCAGACAGGAGUCAUUCCUGAUGAUUCUAGUCAGAAGUUAAUGACAAUGCAGCCUAAAAUGCUAUUUGCCGAAGGCCCUAGCCAUGAAACUUGGAAAUCUGAUCAUUUGAACCAGGCAGGAGUCAAUGCUGAUGAUUCUAGUCCUAAAUCACCUACCCAACUCAGAAUGCCAUUUGCUGACCCUAAUUCAAAUCAGCCCAAAAUAACCGAUAUUUCUAGUAACCGUCCUAAUCACAACUCAAUUUCCAACCAGCCUACAUCUUUUGUUGAUAAUCCUAAUUGCAACCUCCCAAAAGACCUAGAUGACCAUUCUUACCAGGUUGAUUUAGCUAACCGUCCCUCAAACGCGAUGUUAAAACGUCCCAAAGAUCGUUUCAAGCAUCCAAAGACCCCAGAUGCUUCUAGUCAUGAUUCAUCUCCAGCAAUUCUGACUGAUAGCCCCAUCAACUAUGAAACUAUGAAACAACCAAGAACAGAUUCCAUCAAUCCAAGUCCCAGUUCUAUUACCAGCCUGGAAAACUCUGGAAACUUGACCCCGGGUCCUAUCAAUGUCUUCCAGGGUCUGUCUACCAGCUAUCAAGCUUCUAAUGACUUUUCAAUGAACAUUCUUCACGAGGAUCUCGAUAGUUCUGACAGUAGUUCCAGCGCCAAUAACAUCGACGAUGGAAUUGAAGCCCUGGGGACUUCAACUUCUGAUUCAGACUCCGAUUCCUACCUCGCGUACUCCACUGGUCUAAAUCCUUCCCCUAUUCGCGAGGAAGCCAAAGCUCCAGAGCAUGAAAACAUUCAGCAAGAAGGCCCGACAAUAAACGUCAGGAUUCCGCUAAAAGUACCAAAGCCAGUUGAUGAAAUCCACGUGGACUUCACGGUGACCAGACCAAAGUCAUGGUGCCAAGAUGGCAACCGACCAUAUGGUCAAGCAAAAGAAGAAACUGACGAUGACGACAGCGGAGUCACGUCUCAGUCAGAUUUGAGCCGGAUCAUAUCCGAAGUCGACACCGAUUCCGAGUCGGGAACGAAACAGAAGAAAAUAAACAGCUACAAGCGCACGCAGACUCACUCACGUUUGUUUAAAUUAAUAACCGAUGAUUCGUCAUUUUUAGAACCUCAUAAAUUAUCACGGCUUAAUGACAGAGAAAUAAAUUCCAUUAAAAAAUCUUUAAAAUUUACGGAUUUCAAAUCUCGCGCCACUGGCGCGCCGUCUGAAGUGACGCUCAGGAACUUUGGGCGGCCAUUAAGCUUGCAGAUAAACUUGAACCGAAAAGAUGAAUUUUAUAGAAAAUUUAUCAAGGAGACAAAUAUAUCAGAUAAUUUUAAAUUUAAUUUAAAACCAAAUGUUCUUUGCCCGAGAAUAAAAAGUUUUAAAAGUAUUAAUAAAUUAAAAGAUAAUUAAUGCAAUAGUCAGCUAAAAAAUUUUUUCUAAUUUUUAUAUUUUUAUUUAUAUGAUUUUUUAUCACGUGUUACAUGUCUCUCACGAAUGCUCAAGGAUUUUAAACUAACAACCUCAUCAUGGAUGACAAUUUAUAAUUUAUAAUAACAAAUAAAUAAAUAAAUAAUUAAAAAAAAAAUAAAAUAAUAUAAAAUGGAAAAAGUAUGAGCCGAGGGAUGACGGGGCAACGGAUUUUGUUUAAAUUUGGUACAUAUUUUUUUAAACUAUUUUUUUUUUAAAUCUCGUCGUCGAAUUUUCAAUUUUUUUUAAAUGCCUAUAAUUGCCGCUUUUUUUUAAAUUGCAUGA